AUGCUUCUUAUCUUGCUGUUCUGCCUCCUGUCCUUGACCAAUGGGAAGAGCUGCCUCCGCUGCUGGCCAGAGCUGCCCUCCCUGCUGGACUAUGACGUGCAGGUGCUCUGGGGCGGCCCAGGGCCACCCGAACUCUUACAAAGCCUACGCUCCUUUUUCCUAGAUGAUAACACCUUAUUCAUGCCCUGGUAUCUUGCUCGAGACCACUUGGAAGAGGAAACAGCUGCAUUCUUCACCCAUGUGGACAAUGCCAUUAAAAAGCUGAGGGAUGAUAAGCCAGCACUGCUGGAAGAGAUUCAUCUUCAGAAGAAUCUCCUGGCUGAGAGGCUGAAGGCGCGGUCUCAGGAGCUAAAGCAGAGGGCCUGCAAUGAGUCCUGUGACAUCCUCUUCCAAACAGAAGUUACGGAGUGUGCUGACUGCCAGACACGCUACCUGUCCUGCAAUGACCCAACUUUCUGCCCAGGCAGAGUCGUUCAUCACUACAAGUGGGCUGUGAUUGUAGUCAGUGUCCUGAUGCUCCUGGCUGUAGCUGGCAUUGGUGGUUACUUUCUCUGGCUCCAAAAGAAAAAGGCUGAUCAGGGAAGAGCAAGCCAGUUACCUUCUUCCGGAAAUGAGCAGCAAUCAGAGCAGCAGCCAAAGGAGAUUCCACAACCCCUUUUCUGUAUCCUUGACUCUAAAGCCAGAACCACAUAG